AUGAUGGGAGCUAACAUAAUACCUUUGCCGGCGCAGUUCUCCUCGCGGUCGGCAUCUAGUAACCCCACUCCGCCUUCCAACUUCACCGGAACUCCAUUGCUAGGAGAAUCAAUAUCCAAUCUACUCACACGGUCGGCGCAGACUGUGUACAUUGAGAGAGAGGACUUACCUAAACGAAGUCGCCGAGACUCAAUCAUAAGAAAACUGGCGGGCCCACGUGAAAACGCAAAGCGAUUCCUUCGCUUGCGCUCGUCCGGAGUCCAGGCACCGUCCCUACGUCCUACCCCACGUCGCGGUGUGCGACCAGUUUCGGAGAUUAUCUUGUCGCCGACAGCCUCAACUUCCUUCGACUUGGACCCCGAAAUGCGAUCCGACUCGUCUUCUGCCACAGAGUUUCUGCCCCAGGCAGUACCGGAUCAUGCCUCAACCCCCGAUUUGGCAACUCCGUUCGCUCCGCUACACAACGAGAAGAUUGUGGCCACUGGAAGUGGAAUUUCUGUCGGGAUCGCCCUUACUGAACCGGUCCUAUAUCUGCAAGGUUAUGACCAGCAUGACCCGAGUAGUAAAAAGUCGGCCAUUCUGCGGGGGCAAAUACAUUUGAAGGUUACGAAAUGCAUCAAGAUUAAGAAGAUCUCUGUUUGCUUCCGUGGCCAUGCCCAAACCGACUGGCCAGAUGGUAUCCCACCCAAGAAAAUUCACUUCCACGAUAAGAAAGAUUUGUUCACUCAUGGCGUGGUAUAUUUCAACCAUGGCGAUACCGCGCUCAUGCAGAAUGACUACGGUGCGCACUACUACCAGCAUGCCAAACCUAUAUCCGCCGUCCCCGGCAAGGAGGGAGUAACAAUGACAACCCGAGAACUGUUUUCCAAUCGCAACUCGUCCGCCACACUCGCUCCGCCGACGACCCGGGAAGCCAAGCGUCUAUCUCUGCAGUCCAACCGUGGCCACUCACGCAGCUUUAGCAAGAACGAGCCCCCAACUAGCCAGACCCAACCCCAGCGCAACUACCGUAUGUUCCCUGUGGGCGACUAUCUAUAUAGCUUUGAAUUUCCCAUCGAUGGAUCAUUACCAGAGACAAUCAAAACGGACCUGGGAUCCGUGAAGUAUGACCUGGAAGCAAUGGUGGAACGAUCGGGUGCAUUCCGACCAAACCUUCUCGGCACCAUGGAAAUCCCUGUGAUCCGCACUCCAGCCGAGGGCUCGCUAGAACAAGUCGAGCCAAUUGCGAUCUCGCGCAACUGGGAAGACCAGCUUCACUAUGACAUCGUUAUCUCGGGAAAGUCCUUCCCGCUGGGCUCGCAGAUUCCAAUUGCGUUUAAGUUGACACCGUUGGCGAAAGUGGAAUGCCACAGAAUUAAAGUAUACGUGACGGAAAAUGUCCAGCAUUGGACUGCCGACAAGAGUGUGCAUCGAUUACAGCCCGCGAAAAAGGUGCUACUUUUCGAGAAACGAGCAGACUCUUCCAGCGUGAGCACGUACCCCGGUAGCUCUAUGCGUGUGACUGCAGGCGGUGGUAUCGACUGGGACCAUCGUGCGGCGGCAGCUGCAGGACAGGAGAUUGUGGAUCGCAAUCGGACGAACCUGUUGGGCAACCUAGUAAAUGAUUCUGGUGUCGGUCCUACAGAGAUGGAAUUCAACGUGCAAUUGCCGAGUUGCCACGAAAUGAAGGGCCGGGAUGAAGGCCAGCGAUUGCAUUUCGAUACCACAUAUGAAAACAUCCAGAUCAACCAUUGGAUUAAGAUCGUCCUCCGUCUAUCCAAGGUCGACGAAAGAGACCCCACAAAAAGAAGACACUUCGAGAUCUCAAUCGACUCACCCUUCCACAUCCUCUCCUGCAAAGCAACCCAAGCAAACAUCUACCUCCCAGCCUACACAAUACCAGCCGCAGACCCCUCCCCGCCAGCUCAAGAAUUCGAAUGCGGCUGUCCAGGGGCUUCCCUUGCCCCCCGCGAACCAACAAUCGCCCCAGCGGGCUCAGACCGCGAAGACAGCAACCCCAACCUCGCGACUCUCGCCCGCAGAGGCUCAACAGGCCACACCUUCUCGCGCAGCUUCACGAGCGGCUCAGGCGGCCUCGCCAGACCACCCCAGGCACACCUCGCCACGCCACCAAAUGACCGUGACACGCCCACCCCGCCUCGCCCCAUGCAUCUCCUCCGCGCGCCGUCUUAUGCCCCGCCUGCCUUCGAGGACGUGCCCCCCGCCCCGCCUCUCAUGACACCCCCACCAGAAUACACUACUAUCGUUGGUGGUGACCGCGAAGCCGUGCUACAGGAUUAUUUCUCCAGACUUUCUUUCUACGAGGAGAAUGAAGACGACGAUCGUGGCCGUGGCCGUGUGGAUGUCCCACUCACCCCUGGCGGCCGUAUUAAUCGUAGUAUGGAUGUACCACGUGAAUGGGUGCGGAUCGAAGACUAUUUCCAGUGA